AUGGAGGGAUUCACUUCUUUCCAGCCGGUUGCGGUUAUUGUACAUUUAUCAUUUUUCAUUUUGGGUUGCAUUUCAAUCGAAAUCUUCUUAGCUAUACGAGAACGCAAUGCCUCAACUAUGCAAAGAGCGGAUUCCGCUCUCCAAGAUGCAUUAGAGAGUGCUAGGAACCGAUUUAUCAAUCGGUCUUCACUGAUUUCCAUGAAACGGUUGGGAACCCUGGUUUUUGGUUUGGGGUGUAUGUCAAGCUUUGGAUUUAUCUUUGAUACUUGCCUUCUAAACUUUGUGGACUCUGAAGCCGAUCGUAAGUUUGUUACAUUCAUUUGGGACUGCGAUGUAAUUUUGGCAGCCUCUCUUUUGUACAUCAUCGUACCAUCUGGGUUGUUUCAUAAGUAUAUAAAACUUAAACCAGAGUAUAAAUUUAGGCAAAGAUUUCUCAGGUUUUUUCUAUUUGUUGGCUCUUGGAUAGUUUUUGGUCUGAUACUUGGGAAGGUGAUGCUGCUUGAAGCAUUCUCAAGGAGUAAAAAUGAGACAAAGAGCUUUGCUUUACUUUCUAUAUUAUAUACAUUUUGCUUUGGACUUGCCUUUAUAAGUAUACUGAUGGGAUUUUCUGCUGUGUACCUGAUAUACAUCGUUUAUGCGAUACACAGAGAUGCUUCUUACAUAAAACAACUUGAAGACCUAAUUUCUGAUUCCAAAAAAGUUUUGAGGGAUUUGAAGAUGUUUGUUAAAGAUGCAAAUUUUUCAGACGAUGAGAGUUGCAGCGAAGAAGUGUUGAUGGAUGAGAUGUAUAGAACCACCGAUUAUUAUGAUAGGGCCGUUCAGCUUAGAAUGAAUAACACACAGAGAAAAUAUGGACGUACGUCCUCUAUACUCUCAAAGUUUCCUAGAUUAUCUAGGAUAAUUAAUAAAGUAACGGGUUCACAGGAUGGCGAUCAAUAUGGUGAUUACAAGAAUAUGAUCAAUGAUAUAAAGAAUGAGAUUAGAUAUUUACGAAUUCUAAAAAUGGAAAAGGAAUCUACUUCUAAUAAGAAGGGAAGACUCUAUCUCUAUCUAAGAUAUCUAGAAGCAACUGUCUCAGUUAUUAACUGUUGUAUCAGUUCUAGGCGUGCGCUUAUUGUUUUGUUUGGUAGUGUAACUAUAAGUUCAGAAGUUCAAAAUGCAGAUGUGCUGGCUAGUACAUAUUAUUAUUUUAUGGGAAAGGAUGUAGCAGCUGAAAUAUUGCAUGUGGAUUCUCCUACUCCAGUGCUCGAUGCGGUAAUAUCUGGAGUAAAUCUCAUAUUUAUCGUAAAUAUAAUAGCUUCAAGUUUUGGUUAUUUCUUAGAUUUUGGGAAGAUACUACUGAAUACAAAGUAUCUGCAGAAGAGGAAGUUGCUGUCUGACAACUCUUUGGGUCUGGCUUUGACAAGUUUUUGUAUACUUUCAUUUCCAUCGCAAUUUUGUUUGCUUAUCCCGUUUUUGCCACAUCAUUUCAAGAAGUUUUUAUUGGAAUUAUUCUUUGGUGGUAGUGCUCGUGUAUGGGCUGGACUUCGAUAUUGUUUUGACACACUCGUAUUUUUUUCUUCAGUUUUCACCUUUUUUGGUGUAUUGUUCCUGAGGUACAGUAGAAAGAUCAAGAAUAAUGUUUAUUGUAAUGUAUAA